AUGGCGUCCGCGAGUGCCGGUAGUAGGAUGAUGCAAAUAGUUAGAAAACAUGUCCCCAGUAUACGAUUUCCGAACAGAACAAAACCAAAAUGUGAAGGUCAGUAAACUUAGUAUUUCCUGAAUAGUCGAUUAAUUACCGAAUUUUAAAACGUUGCUAUUUUUUUCCAUAUCUCUAGCUGGGCCUUCAUCACAAGUGAAAACUCCUGAGAUCUCUCCAACGUUAAGGGCUAUCAGUAGAGGGACAUCAGCCCAUCGAUCUCCAACUGCGUCUGCUUUCAGUUCAUCAUUAAAAGAUGAAGAUGUAAAUAACUAUGCAAGUUUACCAGCCAGAUACAGAAGAAGACCUCUAUCACAAGAAGAAAUUGAAUAUAUUGAGGUUUGUAGACUUGUUUUCUUGGAGAAUCGCCCAAACAACCCUUGAAACUUUCCCGCAACCACCCAACUCCAAGAAAUUUUUCCCAGUGGUAAAAAUCAGUUCCUCAACAAUAAUAAUUGAUGACAACUGAUGACAAUCAAAUGCAAUAUCAAUUAAUCAACUGAUAUUGAUAAUUAUCAAUAGAUUAAUGGAUCGCUGAAGUUUUUGUGAUUAUUGAUUGUCAUUGAUAAUAUUGAUAGGAUUUGAUCAAUUGAUAUUUUGUCUGAAAAUAAAAGGUAAAUGCCUUUCAUUAUAUUUCCUGGGAGCCAGAUUGUUGCUUAUGUAAAAAACAGACUUUGGUAUAAGGUUUCUGCACAUUGCCAUCAGAGGCAUAUAACCCUGAAGGGUAUAACUCUGUUCCAAUCGAAAUUUACUUCCUAAUAUGGAAUUACUUAUAUUGAAUAUUGGGCAAGUGCUUAUAGAAGCAUUGAGCCAGCAUUGUAUUGCCAUGUAUAAAGGGAAAUUACAGUUUUACAAAGUAAAAUUCUACCAAAAUCAGAAUAUUAUUCCCAAAAUGGCCAUGAAUGUCUUCCACCGGACAAGCUAAAGACAGUGGACUAAUCAUGAUAAGCAUCUUUUGGAUGUUGCUUAACAUGUUGAUGAAAGCUUGUGUUCACUCAAAAGAGUAUGCGUCAACAUUACACAAUUUUUUUGCCUCAUAGUACUAAGGUUCAUAUCUCAAUACUAAGCAAUUUACAAAGGCCAUUAAGAAUAACAUAAAAUGUUUAACGAAACACAGUGACACGGAAAACUAACAGGGCUUUCAACCAAUGUUAAUUGAAAUGACAGCAGUGUAUGGAAAAAGCUAGAACUUCCAAAGUAAUGCUGUAUGUAUACAAAUAGCAUUGGCAGGUUUCCGGUAAAUCAAAAGCCCAUAUCCUUUUAAUCAGAUAUAGGUAUGAUCAUUGCAUGUGCAUGUAUCAUGGCAUUGUGACCCAGCCUGACCAGGCAGAUCAAGCAAUAAUACAGUGUAACAAAAAGUGUUUAAAUUAUCUCAAAAUGUUGGUCUAAACCAUUGAAAAAAUGAUACUGUAGUUCAGUUAUUUGGGUUCAUGAAAACUUGCUUGUUGAUUGGUUAACAAUUUGAUUGACCUUUUAAGUUAUUUAUCGGUAUUGCCAGGGAUUAAUUGAGUGGUAAAUUUUUGUAAGUUUGAUAUGUAGGGCAAUGGUAUAUACAAUCCCUUUUCUUCUUCUGUUUGAUUGGGAGUAAUUCUGGUGGAGAGUUGAUAGUGCAUACCUGUUACCAAUAUUGCAAUGCCUUGUGUGUUGAGUUUGUUAUUGGUUCUCACCCUUGCUAUGAAAGGUUUAUCUCUAAGCAUUCCAGUGUCCUUCUCUCCUCUAAAACCAAAUUCUAUUUUUUUCUGGAUUGAUGAGUAAAGAACCACCUUGUAGAUGCAUGACCACUCAAUACUUUUUAUUGAUUAAUGCUUGAGUCGCACAUGGAGGUUGGGUGCCUAGGAACCUGGGGGCUGGAGCCACCGACCCCUAACCCAGUUAGCAAGAACACCCCAAAGGCCUGCCCUACCCAAAACCCAGCCACCAUCCCUGCCCGCUACACCCAGCCCCAGCCCAAGCACCUGUCACACUGAACCGAGAGUUCAGUGGGGAAAUAAGGACAAUAAUAAUACCAAUGAUAAUAAUAAGGGGUGAGGAGGGAGAGGAAAAAACACUAAAACUGAGCAAGACACCCCAAACACUACGCAUUGUUAAACUACAAGCACAUGUGAACCUGCAUGCAUAAAUUGCAAGUAAACCGCUGACCCAGGGAGCACUGGAAUUUGCCUCACAACAGGCCUAGUGUAGUGACGCAAACACUGGCAAAAUACGCUAGAGCAUAGGAUAACUUCCAGCUCACCAAAGCAUGCCAAUAGAAUGCUAACAAACACAAAUGCCACACCAAUACCACGCUAACAUGAAGUUAACUACUGAGCAGCAGAGUAACUUCUCGUUGUCAACUAAGUUAAAUAAGUAUAUUUAACCUCAUUUUACCUGUUUGGUAAUGUAUCCACUGAAUGUAAUUUGCUUGUCAAAAAGAUUAUUUCUUGCAAAGUUCCUGGGCUGUUCACAUGUACAUUGCCUAGUGAAUGCAAUCAACUUUCUCUAAUACAGACACCUUUAGGACUGGCACUAUGUCUCUGCCUUAGAGACGUCUGCCUUGUAGAGAGUGAACAAAGGCAGGGACCAAUUAUUCUUGGUCUCUAUUCUAGCAAAGUGUCUGUCUUAUAAAGGCAUCCAUUACGGGAGAGUUGAGAGUAUACUAAUGUCCUGAAGAAAAACUCAUUGAGAAUGGCAUUCAUUUCAACUGGAACUCAGUUUUUGCUUUCCUUCAUGUGAUUUCAGCGAGGUGGUCCAGAUUAGACAUGAUGUCCCUGCCAGCUGGAAUCUUUCUCCAUGACCUUGGAAUUAUUAAAGCUGUGGCCAGACUUUGCUGAAUGCAAAAUAAUUCAAGGAAAAAGAUAAAUAUCACUCCUUGACUUUGAAACUUUGACCAGUCAUUUUUGGAUGAAGACAAAAAUAAUAAUGUGGACUGCAGUGAAAGGAGGUUAACUUUUAUAGGAAAAUAUAAUGUUAUUUACAGUUGUUGGCAGGGCCUGGAACUGAGUUAUUUGUGACACAUACCCACAGUGUUUUUUAUGCUUGACACAAUUAAAACAAGAAAUAUGAAGAAAUUAAAUCUGUCAAUAAUUAGAACUGAUGAUCAAGAACUCAGCCAUAGUAAUAAUAAUUUAUUACCUUACCUUGCCUCUUCACCUCUCCAUUGUGUACAAGGCCUGGUUUCAGUUGUGGAAUUUUUUUGAUGGGAAUGGGACAUUAACAUGAUGGAUGGGAAAUGUCUCAACCUGGAAGGCCAGUUCUUGCAAUUCAUUUGUCCAUUCAUUCAAACCUGUAGCCUGCGCAGCAGUCAUUUCCAUUUCCUUUUAGGCCAAGCCGGGCAAGCACGAAAGACGUGCAAGGCAGAAACGAGCAAAAAAAAUUGCUCCACAGGCUAAACCUGCCAAGCAUGGUUGA